GCAAGUGUGGUCGAGGGCUGGACGAGUGUGUUUAUACAUGAGUGAGAACAGAAAGCAACAGCGAGACAGAGUGUGUGUGCGUGUGUGUGUGUGUGGCACACACAAGACCUGAAAUUUACAACUCAGCAAAAAAUGAAGGAAGAGUCACUGACAAACACAUUAUAAUGACACUUUGUGUUAUGGAUUUAAAAGCAUCAGGAGUAUGAUAGCAGUGGACUGAAGCAGAGGACAAAGCCUGGAGAUCAUGGGAGUUGCUGGCACUAACCAGUCAGAGCACACCAACUUCACUUUACCACCUAAAUCACCAGAGUACAGCGAUGCAGAACUCGUGCUGCUUGGUGUUGCAAUGGCCAUUCUGGUUCUGGCGAUAGUUUUUGGUAAUGUGAUGGUGAUCACAGCCAUCCUGCGGUUCCAGCGGCUCCAGACCGUCACCAACCUCUUUAUUGCCUCUUUGGCUGUAGCUGAUCUCAUCAUGGGCGUGGUUGUGGUCCCCUUCGGUUCCUCUCACAUUCUGCUGAGGGCUUGGAAGUUUGGAAACUUCAUGUGUGACUUCUGGACAGCUACCGACGUCCUGUGUGUGACAGCCAGUAUAGAAACACUGUGUGUGAUUGCUCUGGACCGCUACCUUGCCAUCACCUCGCCGCUCCGCUACCCAACACUGCUCACCAGGGGUCGGGCCUUCGCAGUGGUGCUCGGGGUUUGGGUGGUGGCCUCCCUCAUCUCCUUCCUGCCCAUCCAUCUGAAGGUGUGGGUGGCACAUGAUGAAAAAGCUGAACAGUGCAUGAAAGAUGAGAACUGCUGUGAAUUCAACACCAAUGCGCCGUACGCUGUGUCGUCGUCAAUCGUGUCGUUCUACCUGCCGCUGGUGGUGAUGAUCUUCUUGUACUCCCGCGUAUUCCAGGAGGCUCAGAAGCAGCUGGAGAAGAUCAGAGGGAGGGAGAGGCAUUUUUAUAACUUGCAUUACUCUGCACAGCUGGCUUAUCCUGAUGAUAGCCCUGCAAUGAAUAAACUCCGGGCAGGGAAUGAGGUGGGAGAGGGAGAAGGAGAAGACAGACUAAACAUGCAGACACCAGACAUGUCAGAAGAGAAGGAGGGAGAGAACAGAGCACGGACAGAAAAAGGAGAGGGAAAACACUCUGCUGCAAAGCGUCUUAAGUUCUGUCUAAAGGAGCAAAAGGCUGUAAGAACUCUGGGGAUCAUCAUGGGAACUUUCACACUGUGUUGGCUGCCAUUUUUCAUCCUCAACAUCCUCAUAACAUUUCUCAACUUGGGUGACAUUAAGGUGCCCUUCAGACUCCUCAACUGGCUGGGAUAUUCCAACUCGGCCUUCAAUCCACUCAUCUACUGCCGCAGCCCAGAUUUCAGACACGCCUUCCAGGAGAUACUGUGUCUGAGGGGCAAAGGAGGAAGCUGGGGUGGGAGGAGGGGAUGGGGAUGGUGCAGAGAGAAAGAUCGUUACGCAAAGCCUAAACGUAGGCCGAAAGGGAACUCGGACUUGAAUGGCAUCAGGAGGCUGGACGUUGAGCAGAAGUCAGGGUGGAAGGGGAGUCUCGAUAGCUCUAUUCAGGACAGCUCACUAACUUUGGCUCCUCCAGCUUUAUGCUGUGAGCAAGUUUUAGAUGUUGCUCCAGGAUCCCUGACCAACAGUUCUGCUCACUGGAGCUGUAAGAAAAAUCUGGCAUCGAUAGCUUGAUAGAACCAUUAGACUUUACGUUUUGUGUGCAGUAAAAAACACUUUGUUGAAGCUCAUUAUGUUUGCAUUUGGUUUAAACACCGUUCCGUCAGUGUUGCUGCGUUUUUACUUGUGAUCACUGCUACUCUUUGAAGCUGGAUUUUCUUCAGGUUUCCUAAUAAGAGUUUAAAUCACAAAGGCAGCUACACAAGUAAAACAUAUUGGGCAGUGUCAGCUUCACAAGGAGUCUGACAUAUUUUAAAAAGGAUUUCCGAACAUCAUAUUCUAGCUCAUUUAGCUACAAAAAUAUGGCUGAUGGCUGAUUACCUGGUGCAGCAAAAGUGACACCAAACAUUAUCAGCUUCACCAAAGUGGUAUCACUGCAGGGAAAGAAACAGCAAAUCAGUGAAAAGGUUUUAAUGAUCGCUGGGUAUGAAACCAUUGAGAGUAAUAAAAAUAACAUGCAUGCUCAUUCAUUCCAAAACACUCUUAUUGAAAGCAGGCAGAUAUUAAAAUUAUCAAAUUGCCAGUUUCUUAAGAAUAUAGACAUUUGAGCUGCUGGCAGGAAGGUUGCUGGUUCAAUUUCAAGAUUUAAGUGCCAUUACUCACACAUACUGUAUUGUAUCAUUAGAAUGUAUUGCUCAAUGUGUUUUGUCCUGUAGGUGCCGCAGUAGUUGUAAAUGUUUAGCUGUUUUUUUGCUAUUUAAUAUUCAUAACAGACUCUGACUGAGAAGUUUGGAUGACUAAGAUUCAUGUCAGGAGAGAUUCUUUUGCAUUUUAAAAUCCCUGAAAACUUGUCUUUUCUCCUAAUUGAGCAGACAGAGGAAAUGCAAAUACAAAAAGGUCCUGUGGAAUAAUUGCCAGACCGUAGAGUGUUCCAGUGGGUUGCCAUCACUCAUAAUAUGAAGGGAGAAAACAGCUUUCGGGCCCAUUAAGGUGAAUCUUAACAAGCAUUUGGAUGAAAUCUUUCUGAAAAGACAGUGACUACCUAUGGCUAAACUGCCCCGCUGAUGGAGCCCGUUAAGCCAAACACACACUGGUUUCUCUCUAAACCCACAAGGCAGGAAGCACAAGCAAGAAUUUAGCACCUCAUUUGCACUUCUAAUAACUUUUUCCGCAAGCCACAAAAGCACAAACCACACAUCCAGACAAAAACCUCCAUGAGGCAGAGAUGAGAAGCAACAUUUGAUUUGCCCUGUGGCUGAAAGUCUUAUUCGAAACAGGGGGUCUCAUUUGAGGCUCACGUAUUGUAACCCAGGAUCAUUAAAAACAGCUUGAAUUGUUUUUCAUUCCUUACUGAUAAACCUCUUAACUGGUCCAGAAUCAUUUACUGCUAUAUAUUUGUGCGAGAUAAACAUCUGCGGCCCGUCCUCGUGAGUAUCAUAAGUGCCAUCUCCCUGUGUUCGCCUUCUUUCAUCACAUGCUCCCUGGGACUAUUUUGUGACUCUCCACGAACGUCACUCAUGUACCCACGCUUUCCUUUAAUCCUGCCUGCUUAGCUCUGUUAUAAUACGAACACUGCAGCCUGUCAGACAGAGCUGGAGAGAUCAGUUUCAGGGAGUGUGGUCUGUUUCCAUAUCGCCGUCUGUUACACUCAUUGUAAAAACAUUGCAAUCAGAUUACUCAUAGUUGAAGUGCUUGCGUUAUAUUUUGCACUGAACAAGGGCGUUUUUAAAGUGUUUGGAUUAGUUUUUCCUUUCAUCUUUUUCCAAAACUUCAAACUGAUAAUGAUAAAUUAGUCACAUAUAGUAAGGGCUACCUAGAAUCAGGUGGCUAAAUUAGUCCCUAUUCAUGCUUUUAUGUGUAUAGGUCAUUUUUUGGAAAACGUAUCGAGGGUCAAUAGCUGUAAAUAUAAUCUGUACAUGUUUGAAUAUACAUUUAUGUGUUUAUGUACAUGUGAUUAUUGUGGUUAUUAACUGAUUGUGCAGUUUAAAGUUCGAAAUGUGUCACUGAAUCUCUGUCAUUUACUGUUAUGUGUGUUAGACUUGGAUCAUUGUAGUUUUGUAAAUGUAACUUAAAUGGGUGAUGUUUACUACAGAGCAGAGAUUCAAAUUCAGUAAGAUGUCAUGAAUAAAAUAAGUCAACUGACAUAUGUCAACCUCGUAGUUACAUUAGUUCACAGCAAAACAACAUGUGAGUUUCAUAAUAACAGUGGUAAAGUUGUGAGGUGCCUGUUCUUUCCCUUUAGCCUGCAUAAAUUAAGUUUUUUUUUGUUUUGUACAUAAAAAGUCCAAACAAGUUCACAUAAAGAGGAUGUGAAAGUGCUGGUGGAUGGGUUAGUACAUAAUAUUUGUCCAGAAGACUGAAGUCAAGUCCCAGAUUAUAACCUUCUAUUUUGUUUUCUUGUUACAUUUUGUUGUAUUUUCAGUUGGUUUGCCUUCAUUGUGAGUCGCCGUUUUCAGAUCCUGUUUUAAUUGAUUUCGGUCAGUGUUUGACUGCUAAUGAAAGUCAUUUUCAGUUGCUGUUUUCUAUUGCUGGUUGAAGUAAUUUUUCAGUCUCUGUUUUUUAUUUCCAUUUUUGAUCACCGUUUUCUGUUGCUCCUUUUAGCCGUUUUCAGUCAGUCUUUGCUUACUACUAAACUGUAAUACUUCAGGCAUCCAGACUGCUUGGCUACUUUUAGGAAGAGAUCACUGAAUGUGUUGAAAUUCACCCACAAAAAGGCUAACCACAAAGUUCCAGUUGUUGUUUAGGUUACUGGGAUGAAAAAUCCCGCCACAAGAAUAGUCCCUAAAAACACAAGCAUCUCACAACUUUACAUUUUUUGUGAAAAUAAUAAAUUUUAUACUGUGGGGGCAGAGGGAAAUGUUGGCAUUAUACAUUUUGGUUUGAGUCUGGGUUGUACAUUUUCGGCACUGACUGCUUUGUCCGAUGUCAAUUGAAAAAAGGUCAGAUUUUAUAUCACAUCCAUUUAUAUGUGUGACUAUUAGAUUAGAAUCUAAGCAGCAAAGGAACAAUCAGUGAUUUCAUAUUCUCUUUGUGCAUCUUGACACUUGAUAUAUAUGUACAAAGCUGGAACUUGCUUUGUUGAAACUGAAAAUUAUUUUCAGGUUUUAACAAGAGGAGAGGAUUCUAUUUUCUACCUCCAGACUCACAUGAAUGUCAUCUCAUCGCUGUAAAUAUUUAUUCAUAUGCUGUUUUAUAUGUUUGUGAGUAAAAUAAUGAAGUUUAAAACUGCACUGUUUACAGUUGUCGCGAGCUAUGAGUGUGUGUGUGUGUGUGUUUGUGCCCAUGUUUUUGCUAUAUUGUGGGGACCAAAUGUCCCCACAACUGUAGGAAAACCGAAAACUAUGUCACUUGUGGGGACCUCAUUUCGGUCCCCACAAGUUUAAACAGUGUUUUCUUGGCCAUGUUGUUGUUACUGAAAAAAGUAAAAGUGCAAAAACGUUUCUUUAGGGUUAGCCAUUGUUUUGGUCUGGAUUAAGGUUAAGGUUAGGGUUAGGGUUAGGGUUAGGGUUAGGGGUUAGAUAUGAAUGGGAGUCAAUGGUAGGUCCCCACAAUGAUAGCAAGACACACACUGUGUGUGUGUGUGUGUGUGUGUGUGUGUGUGUGUGUGUGUGUGUGUGUGUGUGUGUGUGUGUGUGUGUGUGUGUGUGUGUGUGUGUGUGUGUGUGACUGUCGGAAAGAGAGAGAAAGUUAAGAAAGGGAGGAUAGAGAUGAAUAAUGUUAAAAUUAGAAUAAUACAACCUUUACAGCCUGCUUUCUAACAACCUAGACAAAUUUGAGGUUUGUUAGUUCUUCAGUUUCCAGUUACCAGUAAAGCCAAAUGUUUUUAUGUUCAUUGAAAAGUUUCCUGGGACAAAAACAGUGCAGACACAGUUUCUUAAGGUGAAUCCUAGUCCGGUUUUUCCUUUUAGGAGUGUUACUUACUCCAAAGUUUUCAUCUUAGCACUGGCACUCACUGAAUGGAAACACAGAUUUUCCAAAAUAACUGCAACAUGCUGUUGACUAAGAAAAGCUACAAAGAUAACCAUAGUUUGUCAGAAGACAUAAAAUUUCCCCAAACUCUGGGAAAAGUUGAAUAAACCUUUCCUCAAAAGCUUCUUUAUCAACAAAUAAAACGACAUAAGGAAAUGCGAUUCUCGCCUCACAUCACCUUUAACCUUCUCAGCUAAGCCCGUGGGACAGAGGCGUUUUGUGCUUAUUCAGUCAUCCAGGUCAUCCAUGAAGACUCAGCUUGCACGUGUGCAUUCAGGUUAAAGUGUACGUGUGGUGUGUGUGUGUGCGUGUUGGGAAUGACAUACAGUGGCAGGUGCAGUCGGUCACAGCAGCUACGGUAUCAGCUGCUGCAGAGGAAAUACAAUCGUCUAUACUGCCUCACACAGCUUUACACUUAGACAUGAAAACACACUCUGUGUCUGUGUGUGUCUGUGAAGUGUGACAUGUUUCCAUGGAACAAGUUUCCAAUUUAGGUAUGUUAAGGUUGAUGUUCAACAUGCAUGCCUUUAUGCUGCAUGUCCGAUAUGUUAACUGUUAUUGCCAUGUUUACUGUGUUGAUUCUGUUUUAGUGUUUGUCUUUAGUGAUGUAAAAUGUGGAAUGUGCUCUUGGAAAGUAUUGUCUUUGUUACCUUCACACAGAAAUGUAUUGGUUCUAGGUUUCAUGCCUGCGGGCAACAUGUGCACUUUUACAUCACUGGAAUAAAAUGAGAACAUCAACAUCAAUCAUCAUCAUUGAUGAUUGAUCAAUCAUGAAUGAAUACAAAAAUAAAUAAUCCUGUGUUAAAUUACACUUUCAAUUCCAUCAGAAUGUUUUUGCAAACACAGACAGCUACUCAAUUUUCAUCUUUAGAGUGUAUCAUUUGGGAAAAAAUAAUGUGAUAAAUGCUUUAUUAACACUGAACAGUUAGCUUUUUGUCUAAAACUAAAAAGUAAAGGUGGAAAUUUAACUUCUGUUGCAAUGUUUCCUUUGAUUUUCACAAGACUAAUGAGGUGGAUUUGAAUAAAUGGAUGUUUUCUA